UUAUCCUACUUGUGUUUCAUGGUUUUAUUUAUUGAGUCGCAGGAUUGAAUUUGGAACUAAACUACCUGAACAGUCGGCCAUCAGCUAUGACCAAUGCCUGCAUUUCUAGAUUCAGCAGUUUUCAGAAAGCAGCUGCGCCACUUCCUGGCAGAAGCUAUCAUGGCAUUGUUUUCUUAAGGAACUUCUCAACUUUGACAGCACCAUGUAUCUCUCCAAGUAUUUAUCUCAGUUAUUCUCCACCAUCACUAGUUUCAGUUGCCUGCUUAACCCAACCAAAUGCUCCAGCACAACGUUCUGAUGAGUGGUUUGCCCUUCGCAAGGACAAAUUAACUACAAGCACCUUCAGCACUGCUUUGGGAUUCUGGAAAGGGAAUCGACGAAACGAGCUCUGGCAUGAAAAGGUCUUUGCUCCAGAUGUCCAAUUACUACCAUCUCCUAGCAGGUCUGCUAUGGAUUGGGGUGUUCUCAUGGAAGCAGUAGCCAUAGAGCGCUACAAAAGCAUCACCGGCCGAGAUGUGAGCUCACUCGGGUUCGCGGUCCAUACGGAUGAGCGAUUGGGUUGGGUUGGUGCCUCACCGGAUGGUCUUCUUGGAAGCUUGCCAGGAGGCGGGAUUCUGGAAGUGAAAUGCCCAUAUAACAAAGGAAAGCCAGAAAAGGGGCUCCCUUGGUCAACGAUGCCAUUCUACUACAUGCCUCAAGUGCAGGGGCAAAUGGAAAUCAUGGACAGAGACUGGGUUGAUGUAUAUUGUUGGACACCAAAUGGGAGCUCAAUAUUCCGGGUCUACCGAGAGCGGAGUUACUGGGAGUUAAUGCAUGGAAUUUUGUGGGAAUUUUGGUGGGAAAACGUGGUUCCGGCUAGAGAAGCUCUUUUGAUAGGAGAUGAGGAGGGUGCUAGAGCCUAUAAACCAACAUCAACACACAAAAAAACUGGUCUUGUGAUUUCAAGAAGCUUGAAGUUGGCAGGUGAAGCAAAGAUGUUGUGCAGGGAUAUUGCUGGUCAUGUUGAAUUUUUCCGCUAAUGUGACCAACACUAUUUUCAACAC